GUAACAUUCGGUUUGAAUAAGUAUUCCCAAAAAUAUUGAUUGAAAAAAGUUGAAAAUUAAUUUUAAAUCGAAUUUAAUUGUGCAAAAUUCGUGUCAUAUUUGACAUUUGAAAAAGAUUUUACUUCAAAGAAGAUCCAAAGCUCAUUAUUUGCAACAUGAACGCACAAAAAGUUCUCGAAGAAAAAAACAGUCCCGAUGCCAUUAUGGCCAUGCUCCGCAAUAAAUAUGGUAACUUUGAGGAACCAUCAGCUCCAAAGAACCGUCUGUUCAAUAAUCGCAAGCAUAAUGCAGAGACACAGCAGAUGACUGACUGCCCUCCGGGAACGGUGAACAAAGGGCGUACCAACAAGCUCGUUUGCAUCUGCGAUCGUCCCAAUAAGGUUUAUCAGUGUGUCGCCUGUUACCGCUUCAUGUGGGGACGCGUUGCAAAAAUUUGCCAGAAACAUCCUUCGGUUGCUUUCCUCAUGGACUUUCGUGAGUGUCCCUGCUGCGCUGCUCAUUAUACCAUCAACGAAACCGAUUUCCUCGAGGAAGACGUUGAGAAGUUGAAUGCCAAACUGCCAGACGACGAUGAUAAAGAUCUUUAAGCUAAGGGAAGUGCCACUGGAAGUGCCACAAUAGAAUAUUUUUAUAGACAAUUAAUGCAUUUUAAAUCAGGAAUUGUUAAUA